GCGAUGCAACUGGAGGCAUCAGUCGCGACGACUUCAUCGACAACGUUGCUUCUGGCAUAUUGGGUAAACUGCCUGUUGCCUUCGAGGUGUGGCGUGUGAAGAAGCAAGUCCAAAUGAAUAUCACACCGACAGGCGUGGUGCUGCUGCAAGAACUGGAACGCUUCAAUUUGCUAGUGAUACGCAUUAAGAAAACGCUCGAGUUGCUGCGCAAGAUGGCAUGUCGCAAAAAUGGUUGGCCGCUAGACAGAUCUACUCUGUAUACCUGUGUUACCAGCUAUUUGGAUCCGGAUGAUGUCGAAGAACGUCCCCCAACGGGCUGUUAUAUUCAAGGUCUCUUUCUGGAGGGUGCACGUUGGAACAUGGAAAUUAUGCAAUUGGCACGUUCACAUCCCAAAAUUUUAGUGGAAGAUUUGCCGAUCUUGUCAGUGGUACCGAUCGAGGUACAUCGCCUGAAGCUACAGAAUACAUUCCGUUCACCUGUGUAUACUACAUCGCUACGUCGUAAUGCCAUGGGUGUUGGACUCGUCUUCGAAGCUGAUUUGGCCACCACAGAGGAUAUCAGCCACUGGGUUCUUCAAGGUGUUUGUCUCACUCUUAACCGAGACUGAAGAUUUUUUAUUGUUAUUUUAUUUAUUUUAA